AUUUUGUUUUGCUACGGUUUUCCUUCCUCGUGUUCGAUCGUUUUCAUGGUUUCAAAUUCGAAUUAAAAUUUUAUAUCGUAAAUUUUUGCCGAAUUCUUACGGAAAACCCGUAAAUUAUACUCUAGAAUAGCAAACACUGCUUGAAGUUUGAAAUUAAAUGUUAGGAUUUCUUUGCCGCGCUUCCAUAGUGCCGAUAGUUUCGAAACCCCGCAGCGUCUGUAUUGCAUCUAAUUGCUUACAUCGGUAUUCCUCGGUUCCAUCCUUUUCUGGGGCAAGACCUGCUAUCGAAGCACCCUUUCUUGUCCAAAUGGCCGAAGCAGUUGAACAAAAAAUUACCUGCGAAAAAAACCGAAAGGAAGAACGCUAUCAACAAAAACGUUUGCAGCAAGAUGCAAAAACUCGUUACAAUGGUAUGGUGAAGAAGCGCAAGUGGGAAGAUCCUCCGGCAGAUCCGGAAGCGGUCCGCAAUUUUGAUCCGGCAUCUCGCGUUAAGAAGCGAAAAUGUGUCAUAGUGAUGGGCUAUUCGGGAGUUAACUAUUCCGGAAUGCAGCGUAAUCCGGGAAUGAAAACCAUCGAGGAGGAACUGUUAGUGGCAAUGCUGAAACAGGGUUGGAUCAGCGACGAGGCAUUCAACCAGCCGCAACAGAUUCAGUUCCAACGAGCGGCCCGAACCGACAAAGGAGUGUCGGCAGCGACGCAAGUUGUUUCGAUAAAACUGCCAGACAAUGUGGACGUUGAUGCCCUCAAUAAGGAUUUGCCGGAGCAGAUCCGGGUGUUUGCUGUCAAGAGGGUGACCAAGGGCUUCAACUCAAAGUCAAAUUGCGAUGCACGGACUUACACUUAUACGCUUCCGACGAUUGCAUUUGCUUCGAAUGAGGACAAGGUGGACAUGGCAAGCUAUAGGGCUCCGGAAGAUCGAUUGAAACUGGUCGCCGAAACGUUAAAGCUGUACGAGGGAACGAAGAACUUCCACAAUUUUACGAGUCGCAAAGAGUUUGUUGAUCCCUCGUCAAAGCGGUUUAUUAUGUCCUUCGAGUGUGAAGCUCCUUUUGUUCCAGAAGGGUCUACGACCGAGUUUGCAACUUUGAAAAUCAAAGGACAAAGUUUUAUGUUGCAUCAGAUUCGGAAGAUGGUUGGCCUCACAUUGGCCGUUGUGCGCGGACUGACACCGCCGGAAACUAUUGAAAAGGCGUUCGAAGAGCAGCGAUACGGCCUUCCAACUGCUCCUGGUUUAGGUUUGGUACUGAACAGAAUUCAUUACGAAAAGUAUAACGUGCGCUACGGCGAAGAUGGUUGCCACGAAGCGUUGGAUUUCCAAAAGGAAGAGGAGCAGAUUCAGAUCUUUUUCCGGAAACAUAUUGCUGCGACGAUCGUAAAAACAGAAGAAGAGACUUCAUCCAUGCUUGAGUGGCUCGAGACAUUGCCAUGGCAUAGUUAUGAACCCAGAGAUGAGAACGAGCCUCAGGAGUGGAAAGGUAAGCGAAAAAGUAAUGACGAAGAUGAUGAUGAUGAGUAGGGAGAAGACAGUAUCUAUUAUAUAGACUAGAAAUAUAUUUCAAAUCAUUUAA